GUUUCAUGAAACCCCCGUUGUUUUGUAUCAAGAAAAUGCAAUGGCCGCCAUCUUCGACUCUUGUGAAUGUUUUGGUCGUAGUUACGGACUUUGAGGCCUAUUUAUUACGUGCUAUGCAAUUAUUUGAUGGAAAUAGUUUCGCUACGUCCUACGUGUUGUAAAAUUGCUUAUAUACAGUCACAUGAAAUAAAAUUUGGGGGCCGAGGUGCACUCCAAGGCGUCAUCUCGGGUUUGACCCAAGAUGAUAGUAUAUACGUUAUGUCAGCCACACCAGAGUACGAACCAGCGGCCCGGCAAGAUUACGGGCCGGCCACCUCCAGUGAAAAUGUUUAUGAACAUGUAUUGGAUCACAAAUUAGCAAAUAUGAAUGUAUCUAGUGUGAGAACUCCUGUGUUGAGGGCACUGCCCUUGUCUCCCACUCAAGGUGAUCCUGAACCUGAUUCUACAAACCCUGAAAGUAUCAUUCAAUCUGUGCACAAAGUAGACAAAGAAGUUGAAUAUCACAUUGCUGAGAAACACUGUGAUACUGACAUGUCUGUGGAUUCUCUCUGUGGUGGAAUUGUAAGGCUCGGAGAGGCCAUAGAUAAUGUUGGACGCUCAACAUAUCCUAUACUUCAAGAGACAGAAGAUUCAAACGAUGACAAUUAUGUAGACAACCCCGCAACCCUCAUACAAGCGCCAAUGAGCACUGCAAUUGUUCAAAAUGUAACUAAGUUGCCUCAGAACUUUACAAUAAAUGUUGAUGCAGCUGUUGGAAACAUUACAUCUAUACAGAAUGUACAAGAUGUAUCCGGAAACCAAACCUUAUGGCUGCCUACAAUACUUGCCACUAGUGCUGCUCCAAAUGACCCCAAUAAGAUAGAUGAUGAGAGAUCACAAGCUGGUGUGUCACAAAUCAUUAUCACAAGUGAGAGUUAUGUUAAUGAUACAAAUCAAGCAAGAAGAGGAAACAUUGUUGCUGAGACUAAUUUCAUAAGCAGACCCAAGACAUCUAAAGUCCAAAUAUUAAGUAACAUAUCUAUUCCCAAGAAUUCAAAUUACAACCAACAAUAUUUAACAGGAAAGGAAAUGGCACCUGUAUAUGGAACCCAAAAUCAUGUUUACAAAUUGAGCAAUUCUGUUCUUUGCUCUAAACCUCCAAAAAAUCAAUCAUUAAUUGGAUGUGGUCCUACUGUGUCUCCAAAUGUUGUAAACAAUAGCCCAAUUAAAAAUACUUCCUACAGUCACACUUUUACCAAAAGCACAAACCUAAAUAAAACAUUGAAUAAGGUAAACAAUGGUGCUAAUCUUAAUACUAUGGUUGCUGCCUCAUCAGGUAAUACACAAUGUCAUAUAUUGUCUCGUGUUGUCUCAGGACCCAAUAAAAUGUCUGUACAUUCUGGAAGGAAGUCUGUAAACACUUUUAAGGGAUCGAAAAACUCUGGACAAGUUUCUAACCAAAAGAACCAAUCAAGGCCAAUUAAAAUAAUACAACAGACUGGGUCAAUUAACAAAUCAGAGGCAAAAACUUGGCCUGUUGCCAGUGUCACAUACAAGAACCAACAGCCAAGUUAUGGAGUAACAGACUCAAAUACAUCGAAAGUCAUACAAAAAGUAGGCAGUCCUACACAUAAGAGCCAACCACUAUCUCUCUCAAAAUUCCCUCCGAAAACGGAACGGUUAGUGUUACAGUCACCAUGUGGACCAGUUUUGAUAUCUACAGCUCCCAUAAGUACCAGUUUACCGAAGGGACCUCAUUAUGUGCAGUCAGGGUCUACACCUAAUUUGCGAUAUGUUCAGACAUAUGGAACUACAGAUAAUCCAAUAUCAACAGUAUCGCAAGUUACUAAUCAACAAUUGACUGCCCAAAUAUUGCAAUCAUUAUCACAACCCAAGCUGAUGUUGCAACCUAACCCCACAUCAAUCAAUCAUAAUGUAACUCCUCUACCGCCUGCUCCUGAGGAACCGGUGGAAGUAAAACCAGUAAAUCAAAAAAGAAUUGUAGUUGGCGAUAAGACAACAUUACUGACUGAAGACGACAUUAUCGGCAUGGAAGAAAGACCAAACCUUUCAGAAGAGCUAAGAAGAUAUUCUUUCCAGCCCUUAGCCUUUGUGAUGCUGGAUCACACAUACGCUCAACCCGCGCAAAAGCAACCUACAGCUACUCCGCCUACCACGCCGGUGUCCACUGGCCCGCCUCCCACCAUAAUUUCACCCACCUUAACUACAUCUCCAAUGAGUCCUUUAAAACGCAAUUCACCCGUCAUCAUGUCCACAGCAUCCUAUGAAAUGCCUUUAGCAGUGCCUACCAGCGUUAUUGGAACACCUGUCCCAGUUUCUUCUAUACAAAUGCCAUCGGUCACAUAUAAACCACCACCACCUCCGCCGCCAGACGAUGACGCUGCUUCAGUUAUUUCAUCAAUCGAUGGAGACCGGAAAGCCAAUAGAGGAGGUAGCGACACCGAAACAGCGCCUGAGGGAGAAGAGGAAGGCAAGACGAGAUGCAUCUGUGACUUCACUCACGACGACGGUUACAUGAUCUGUUGCGACCGUUGCGGUGAGUGGCAGCACGUCGACUGUAUGGGCAUUGAUAGGCAGAACAUACCCGAUGCAUACAUGUGCGAGCUUUGUUUACCGCGGCCCAUAGAUCGACGUCACGCCCGGGCCAUACAGAUGAGGAAGAGAGAAGAACUGAGCGCUCUUGGAGCUUCAGAUACAGACUCGUCUGAAAGCAGCCGUCCUCCAGGUCAAAGAAGGAAGCGAUUACUAACCGUCACCACCUACACUAAUACAAGUGGUUCAUGUGUCACCACAUACAACUCCAGUGUACCAGUGCUUCCACCAUUGCCACAACCUUCGACGUUGGCUUUACCUAAGCGAGGACCUAAGAGGCCGAAGAAGGCAACAGAAGUUGUAAGAAAAGGCACAAAAAGAAAACUAUCUGAAAAACGUGUGAAACGCAAAAAAGAAAUGAUGCUAAACAGAAGUAAAUACAGUUCAACCAUGUCAAAUCAGUCACAUUUCCAAGACUCUUACGAACUUGCUGUAACGAACCACUACAGUCCAGAGUUGAGGGCUAAGAUUAUGAAGUAUAGCAAUAAACUAGGUAAUACUCCUAACAUGGCCUAUGCUAUGAACGCGCAUUUAUGUACUACCGUGCCUCACGCAGGUGGGAAAAUUCUGAUUGCCACGAAGGACUUAAAAGAAAAUACUCCGGUAAUAGAGUUAAGAGGCAAAUAUAUGUUAUCUAAUCAGCAUCGACCACAAUUACAGAAUACUGCUAGAGCAGGUAGCCAGAAACCGGGACCAUUCGUCUUCUUCUACAGAUUACCUAAGGACAACACUCAAAUAUGCAUAGAUACUAGAACAUACGGAAAUGAAGCAAGAUUUGUACGUAGAUCUUGUAAACCAAAUGCAGAGUUACAACACUGUAUAGUCAAAGGAACAUUGCAUGUUUACUUAGUUAGUAUUGGUGUCAUCCAGUCUAACACUGAAAUAACUGUCGGACACGAUGCUGAUGGCAGCAAACAGCCAUGCGCUUGCGGGAAUCCGAAACAUUGCAAAGUGAAUGGCCUCAACACGUUAGCCUCGCGAAAGAGUGUGGAUUAUCCGCCUAGAGAGAAAAGAAGUAGAAAUAGAUGCUUCAGUUCUUCGUCACCAGUAUCUCCACCUAUCGCUCCUGCCGCCACAACUCCAGUGAAAGAAUACACACAACAGAUAUCUGCAAUGAAAUCCGACAAAAAAUCUCCGCAACAAAUAAAACAUGAAUACCCUCCUCUUUCACCUGUGAAGACGGCUGUGAUGGCUUUAAACUUUGAUGAACCGCCUAAACCAGAGCCAAUAGAAGAUAUCAAAACUGAAAUAGAUCUGAUAGCCAAAGAAGAAAUGAAACCUGAAGAAGAUGAAGUAGACUUCUGUAAAUCGGAAACUGUCGAAAAUAAAUUCGAAGAAGUAAAACACGAGCUAAUCCCUCUUCCAGUUGAAGAAGAACCCAGACCAACGAUCAUUUCUAAAGCGGAAGUUAAAGAGGUCAAGGAAUUUAAGAUAGAGAAGGAACCCGUGUAUUCUGAUGAAGAAAAAACAGAAAAGUGUGAAGAGAAGAAACCUAAAGAAGAAGUGAAAAUAGAAGAAGAUAGACCAGUGACUAGAGAAUUUAUGGCUAAAUCAGCAUGCCAUGACAGAUCAUCGAGAUCCAGUCGAACGACUUGCGUGAAUCAAGACUCUUUGGAUGAUAAAACAGAUGAUUCCCAAGAUAAAAUACAGACUAAUAACAAAGAAAAAGAAAAGAGAAAAAUGGUUAGUUCGAAAAACUCAAGUGAAGCUCAGCCUCCAAGCCUUGGGACGAGACAAAAUUCUAAACCUGUAUCUAAAUUACAGACGCGCGAGGAACGUAAGAUGGAAGCUAUAAUGAAGGCGUUUGAACGCAUGGAAAAAGCCGAACAGCGCAAACAGGAAGUGAAAGAAAGGCAGAAGAGGCGAGAGUCUGAUCCGCAUCCAAAUGCUAAUGAUAAGGAUGAUGAUGAUGAAGUACAGAACACUACGAAAAAGAGGAAAAAGCGAAAGGGUCGUGCACGAACAACGUCGCAGUCGAACCGGCGGCGCCUGAACUCUGCCGACAGCGAUAUGGUGACCUCCGGGGACGAGGCUCAGCCACCGCCGCUUACUCCGCCCCGGCCCGCCCCAGCGCACCGUGACAGUGCAGUCCCACCGCCCACCAUUGACAACGACCGCACCAACGAUGCCCCACAUGAAGAACUAGGCUUGAGCUCGGCCUGCUUAUUAGUUGAAGCAGCUGUUGGUUCUGUUGAAUCCGCAUUUAAAUUACCAAAAACUAAGAAGACAAUGGCUACCGAAUGGAUAGGGAGAUCGCCGGAACGUACACCAUCACCUUAUAGGUCACCUUACAGACCUACUUUGGUGGCAGCACCAUCGCUAGAAAGUUUGGUUAGAGUUGCAUCGACUAUGAUUGGAGACCUCAGUGGAGGGAAUGAUUUAGAAACUGAGGAAGACGGUAGAGCUUCGCCGCCCCGAACACCUGGUAGAGAUCGAAAUAAACCCCCGAAGAAAGCCAAGCGAAUAACAAGGAGUACGCCGCCAGCUGAGGUGGCUGAGGUGGUGCCCCCUGUGAUACAACAACACAGCGCCAAGAAGAGGUGGCUACGACAAGCCAUCAGUGAGGAGAGCGACUCGCCUGUUGCAGAUGUAUUUGUUUCAGAAUCACCACCCAACGAAAUGGUAACGCCAUUGAAGAAACGACGACUAGCCAGAGAGUCGCUUUCAUGUGAACAGAAUAAUAUUGUGCCUUGUAAUGACGAAACCUCGCCUAUUUUAACGUCAGAAGACUCGCCGGUCAAAGAUGACGUGCAACCCUUGACGAGGCAAUUUAAAGUCAGAAAUAUUAUGUACGAUAGUUUAUAUGGUAGAGAUAGAACUCGGUCGGACAGCGGUCAGGGCUCUGAUGACCAGUGCAUGAUAGAUAAUGACAUGUUGAAUAUGAAUAUAAAAGGUCCACAUGACAGUGAGAACAUUAGGAGAAUUAUUGGAGUUCCAACACCUGAGGAUGAACAUCCUCCAGAAAUACCUAAACCAGAUGAUAUAAAAGCCAAUAACAACAAUGUCGAAAUGGACGAAAGUAAUUACAAUAAAGUAGUGCCAAUGGAAAUAGAUACUACAAUACCUGCACAGCCUAAAAUACAAGAGUCUAUCGACCUCAGCAUAGACGUGAAGGGAAUUGAAAGCCCAAAUGACAAACUAAACAGCUGCCAGUCAGCAGACACGAGUGGGAACUCGUCGCCACAGCGCGAUGAGAUGGAUGACAUUCAAAAGAAAAUACAUUCAUUCCACACAGAGAACAUACAAAUAUUAAAAAGUAGAAACAAGAAACCAAAGGAAAAGCGGAAGAAAGUGAAUCUGAACUUCGACCUGAAUAUGGUGGACGAUCAGAUAAGUGUGCAGCUGAGAAUGGAAAACGACACGUCUUCAAAAUCAAUAGAAAUUAAUGGAGAUAUACACGAUGACAUGAGCAAUUCAGUUCAUGAUGACGUUAAAGUACAUGUUUCGCCCGAGAAUAUCCCCCUACCACCCGUGGAGUCGAUUCCUCUACCGGCACCAGAGAACAUACCGCUGCCUGAGGAGCCGAGUCCGAUGCCUGUGAUACCGCCUCCAGAAACGAUACCUCUACCAGAAGAACCUAUGAAGCCUGUGAAAAUAAUUCGUCCAGCAUCACCUGUUGUAGAAAAGCUUGACAAAAUUGAGAAACCCUUCUCAAUCGACAGGCCGUCCGUGUUAGAGAAUUCAACGUUACCAUUCUCGUCGCGGUUUAGUUCAACAGGACUUUUCUCCGGUAUAUUCAGUAACAUGUCUCAGUCGUUCAACAUGGACAGUUCAAUAAAUGAGAACGUACCGAACAUGUCUAUAAUAAAGAGUGCAAUAGAUAGGACUACAAGUUUAGAUAGUAGUUUGUUUGACAAGGACAGUAUUACGCCAGCAGACGAUCUGAAGAGCGUCCAGGAGAUAUUAACGCGAGUGAAUAAUAUGGACUCAAAUAACAGUGUAAUAUUGUCAGGGGUGCUCAACAGUUCAAACAAAGCGAGUUUAUUAGCUCCUUCCCCUAAACCACUCGCUAAGCCUUAUUGCCCGCGAACCAACGACCCUAGACUGAACCCUCCGCCUGUAGAAAAACCUAAACCAGUAAGAAGGAAGCUCUCUAUAACGGAGUAUCGUAAGCGGCACAAAGGCGGGUGUACGGAAGAGGGCGGCGGUGGGUCGUCGAGUGAAGCUGGCGAGGUGGGCGAAGCGGGGUCGGGCGGUGAGGCGGCCCCCGAAUGGUCCAGCGAAUCCUCGGGCGCCGCCUCCCUGUCGCCGCAGCGCCUCGACCAGGCCGCGCAGGCCGCCGCCGACGACCUCGAGCAGCGACUGCACCGGGAACUGGCCGCCUCCCACUUGCCUAAAGGUGUGUUUGACGCUCAGCCGACAGCCACAGAGCGCCAAAGGGAAAACCUAAGCUUGCGGUUACGACGGGAGUUUGGUCUUGCCUUACCUGAUGAUGAAGAGACUAGACCACCUACCGAAAACACCGGUAUGGCCACUUGGAGACAUAACAACAUUAAGGGACAUGGCACUGACAGUUUGGGGGAUUGCACUGACAAACCCGCCGCCCACUCGGGGCGGAAUCAUACAGCGUCAAAUAGGGGGACCCCACGAAUCACUCCUGCUUCAUCUGACUGUCAAGAAGACCAGUGGAAUAGCAAUACGUAUAGCACAGCUUAUGGGUACAAAACGGGAGUGAAAGGGUUAAAGUUGGGUAGGAGAGGAUAAAUAGAUCAUAAGAAUUUUUUAACUAUUAUAUACUCAAAAUAAUCCUAGCUUUAGGUAAUGCUCGCUACACGUAUCUUUACUAAUUAUUACGUGUCCUUGCCGCGUCCUUGACGUUCGGUUAAACCUUAACAUAAACGGAUUUUAUUUAACAAGUUGAUAAUACUUGAACUUAGGUAUUGUUUGGUCUUUAACAAUUUAAUUUAUAUAGGUUAUAUAUUUUGUACAUAAUACAGGUAUAUUUAUGUUGGCACGUUGAAUAAAAUAUUAAUGCAAGUAUAGCGUUGUCAUUUCUAACCGCUGGUAUGCUUUGUCCGGCAGAUGGCGCGGGCGGUGCGAAGCGGUGCGACAGGUAGUGGGCUGUGGGCUGUGAGCUCACUAUAAGACAUUAUUUUUGUAAAUCUCAGACGGAGUCACACCCGUCGCCUGUAUUAUAUAAUAACUAGUAUAAAGGAACUUUUCUAAGAGUGUACGUUGUAUGCGAUGCGCGCGUAUUGUAUAUUUCCGUUUUACUUCUACGUUUUUAUUUUCCACGGUUUUCUGCAAGUACAAAUUGUUUUUAUUUCCCUUUGUACAUAUUGUAUAUAGGAGAGUUAAGAUAUAUUAUAGGGAACCUACUGGGUAACGUAUCUAUGUAUAAUGGUAUGAAAGAUUUUUUAUAUAUGUACAAUGUUUAUGUAUCUUAUUGAUAUAUUUAUUUAUUAUCGAUUUAUUCGAUAGUGCGUUUAGGGAAUGACGGCUAGGAUUUUUGUACGCAUAAUGUUUAAGUAAAUUAUAGUUGUUUUUAUUAUUUGUUUUAUGUUUUCUAGCAUAUAUAGGGGGUCCGAGGGCUCGUCCUAGUUCUAGGUCUCUUGUUAGUGUUAGAGGUUUCACGUGUAAUUUAGAGUCGUUUCAAUACAGAUACGCAUUCUCGCAUUAGCCAUUUGUAGAGGUUAAAUCUGUGUUAUAAUUUAAGUAGAGUGUAUUGUGCAAAGAUUUAUUUCUUUGGUCCAUCAUCACAAGGACGAAUGUUGAGGCAGCUGGGUAAUAGUGCUCGAUGCAUUGUCCGCGACACCACCCGGCACCAUUUCUCUGCAUAGAUCGAAAGUAAAUAUUUAUUGGUUAUGUUUCAAGUAUUAUAUGUGGACGGUUUUGUUCAUAGUAAAAUAUAAAUUGUUUAAUAUUGCAGCGUUGCCAAGUGGUGUCGUGACCGAUGUUUUAGUUUAACGUGGCUUUUGCAUCCAAAUUGGAUAAACGAGGUCGUGAAUUUGACUGAUAUAAAUUGCAAUCACACUAGUACUACUACCCUUAGAAUUAUACCUGUUCUGUUUGAUACAGCAAAUUAAUACAUGAAAGCAGUUUAUAAAUAGUACUGAUUACUUGUUAGUACUGUGUGCUCUUCGUUAAUUAUAUCCUUAUACCGGAACCCGGACUUGCAGUGUGUUACAAUACAAAGUGCGGAGGUUCAGAUGAAAUAUGUACCGUGUACAUUGUUUUGUGUUGUUCCGUGUCAUAGGCGAGCCAGCUGUUUGUAACACGCUGCGUACACCGCAUGAUAUUAACAAAUGUAAACCAUAAUUUUUAAACUCUGCAGUUUAGAUGAUUUACUCUACAAACCUUACGUUAUUUUGUAAGAACUAAACUGCAGAGUUGAACACUGAAAACACUGCGAUAUUUUGUUUAUUGCUGUAAGAGUGCCGUUAUAUUUACAAUUGUUAAUGUGUUGCCGCUUGUAUAUACUUCUAUAAUAACAACGAAUCGAUGUUGUGAAUAACCUCGGGCUAAAAUAGUGUUUAUCACAGAAGCACCCAGUGAUCUAAGGAAGCUUUGACCAGGCACUUGCAAAAUAUUCUGUUUGUUAUAUUUAGGUAGGUCUAGUUUUAGUUUACAUCUCUGCUUGUACGCGACAUUUAGCACUGAUGUGACUGAAUGCAGUCGGAACUUGCUUCCUAAUAUUCCCAGUGCGAUUGUUGCCUAAACAGGUGUUACACGUUUAGUCUAAUUAAUAACUAAAUAUUUAGUGUAAUUGAGUAGGUACUCUGUGAGUAUUGAAACGAAUGUUACAUGUACAAUUGAUAAUUUGCUUCAUCUAAACAUUUCUACUAUAAUUUCGCCUGUGACCAAGGUUGCAAUAAUUAACCGAAUGCAAUAAUUCUUUGUAAAAGAAAUUCUUCGUAUUUAUAUUUCGUGCUUCUCUUUUUAAAUUAUAGGCGCUGGUAUUUUGAUAGUGGUAAUUACUUGUCGGUGUUUCUAUUUUAUUAGUGGAUUCCACUACUUAGGUAAAUCGAACUGUGAAUAUUGUUGCAAUUUAGGAUUAAAAUCUAUGUAGUCAAACUACGUUUAUAAGCCCAGUGUCUGACGUUUCAUCCAAAUUGUUGCUCAAAUUUUCUAUUGUGGGUUCCAGGAAAUUGGUUUUUAUAGGGAACCCUUUUUGUAAUUAGAUUGUGUGCUUUUUGAGGUCUGUCAAAUAAUGUCUAGCGAAAGUUGCUGCUUAUUGCGUGUCAAUUACAUACAAUAUGUACUAUUUAUUUGUCAACUAGCAAUUCCGGUGACUUAAUUAAUUCACGAUGAAAUGUUCGAUUAUGAUUAAAUUUUUAUUUAUUAUAUUUCAUUAAACCCAUGUGAGGCGUGUGUCUAAAAGUACAUAUCGAAGUUGUCAUUUAUUACAACUAAUAAUUUCCUAUUUCGUGCAGCCAUUUAGAAAGUCUAUAUAGUUGCACUUCCUUUAUUUACUUACCCGCGAUGUCGGGCCGUCACUAAGCUACCACUUAAAAAUUAAGUGUUUUACGCAUAAUCUUAAAAUAUUAGAUUCUAGUGAAAUACGUUGCAAUAAUACGCCUCGAAGGCAAAUACACAUAGUUGUUAACACACAGAAAAUAUAUUUUAACAGCUUUAUUUAAUCCAUGAUUUUAUUAUUUUUGUAUUGUAUAAAAAGAAUAUUGUAGGAAGAUUUUUAUGAUUUUUUUUUAUUGAAUCAAAUGUAGAUUUAUUAUGAAAUGUUUCAGCAUUUUCUCAGCCCGACUGGAGCCACAGUGUCGGUGUCUGUCUAAUAGAUUUGUAAAUAUUUCGAUCUGGUUUAUAAAAUGUAAAUUAAUUGCUUAAUAUCUACUGUCGGAAUGCGUUUUGGUGUGCGUACUCUAAAGCAAAUAGUACUUCCAACUAGUCUUCUUUAUCUCGCGUUACAAAUUAAACUAAAGUAGGAACUUUAUGUAGAAUUUGACAUAUUUGUAGUUUUAAUGUUCACCCGACGGCAGCCCAGUAAAAUGUACAUAGAAUUGUGUACAGGCAACAAAACGCAGUCCAACAUUUUAAUGUUUCUGUAGUAUAUUAGAUGAAAAUCUUUGUGAUAAAAAUUUCUUAAUUAUAUCAACCCGUAGAGAAGCGUCUUUGUAUAUAUUAUAAUAGUUAAUGUUAAGUGAAAGCUAUAUUUUGUUAUGGUGAACAAAAAGCGCACUCUCUAUCGUUUGCCAUAUUAUGAAGCUAGUUUAUUGGUACUUCCCACUCCUUGUGAUCGCACCCACCUUCGGCUUGUCCCGCUCCCCCGUUGGAUAUGUUUCAUGUAAGGUAUUCGAUGUAACAAUGGAAUAUUUUGCAAUAUAUAUUAAUAUAAUUUUUUAACGCUAAGUGGAUCGUAAAUAGAAAGCUGUAUAUUAUCCAGAUGUUAAAUAUUAUUAUUUCUUUCUCAAUGUUUUAACUAAGCAUGUAAAAUUUAAAAUAAUACUAGAGAAUAAAAGAUGUUAUGAUAAUUAAUUACAUAAAAUCUUCGUUUGAAUGUAGUGCCUUUCCUUUAAUCCAUGUCUCAUCACACAAUGUGUUAAUACUCAACUGAAACAAAUAAUAAACACAACUCUGUCAAGUAUUUAUAACAUUUAUUAC